AUGGGGGAAGCGUUUGUGAGAGAGCUUCUGAAUCUGUACCUCCAAAGGAUUGCUGUGGAUGAAAACACAAAUUCAGAAUUCGAGUUCAUUCAGGUGGUAAGGAACUUUGAAGCCACCAGGAAGAAAUGGCUUUAUGCAGAGUUGGAACUGAAAAAAUGCAAAGAACUUCUGGUGAAAUCGGAUGUGGCCCGGGCAGCACUGGAGGUCAAACUCAAACAUGCUCGCAACCAGGUGGAUGUGGAGGUCAAGAAACGCUACAAAGCUGAAGCGGAUUAUCAGUACCUGGAGCGUCAGAUGCAGCUGAUAUGUGAUAUACUUGUGCACGACAGUAAAUCAAGUGCCUGCCUCAGUGAUGAACAGAGGUCUAUGCUGGCCAGCUUCAAUCACAGAGGGGCCAAUAUCACUCAGCACAAAAGCAAACGACUAUCAGUCAUCGAUGAAGCUUCUUUUCUCUCUCAUUCUGAUAUCAGCUAUGACCGGACAGAUGAUGAGCUGGAUCUGGACAAUACUGCAGUUAAGCCUCUGAGGUCAAGGGCUCGGGAGAAAAGGCGGUCUUCAAUGGGGCCAAUGAACGGUGCUGUUGUACAUAAACGUGGAAGGCUUAGUGGCCGUUCAGGGGAUCCCCUCGUAGGAAGACAAAUGGAUAAGGAAGUGGAGACAACUAUUGUGAAAGCAUCUGUCACUACACCAGAGAGUGGAGGUCAAAUUCACAUGGUAAUAGACAUUACCCAAGAGACUCCAGAAAAGCUUCCCAGGGCUCUCCAAAAUGAACAUCUACCAAUAGUAGCAGAACAAACCUCAGUAUGGGCUCAGGGGGAUGAGACUAAUACAGAAGUAGAGAGCAUUACAGAUAUGAAGAUCACCACCAUCGAGCCCAAAUACUCCCAAAGUGACCCUCCCACAGUCCGGAAAACCUUGCAACACGUCUUUCUUCCAAAAACAGUGAUUCGACCAGAGACAUGCACGCCCUGUGGGAAGAGGAUUCGUUUUGGGAAGAUGGCGGUGAAAUGUAGGGAUUGCCGAGUGGUCACUCACCCUGAGUGUAAACACCUGUGCCUUGACAGCUGCUUCCCCAGUGCACAUGGACUGUCACACACCACUGAAGACACUCUAGAGAACUUUGCUCCUUCAAUUCGACCUAUGAUUCCUUCUUUGAUCAUCCAGUGUGUAAAUGAAAUUGAAAGAAGAGGUCUUGAGGAGAAAGGCAUUUAUCGUGUGCCAGGCGGAGAGCGCUUGGUGAAGGAGCUCAGGGAGAGGUAUGUCAGUGGGAAAGGGCAGCUCAUGCUCCGUAAAGUGGAUGACAUUCACGUCGUGUGUGGACUUCUCAAGGACUUUCUGAGAAAACUCAAAGAGCCUCUCAUCACCUUCAGGCUUCAUCAAAAAUUCAUGGAUGCCUCUGAAAUACUUGAUGAUGAGCAGAGCUCAGCAAUGAUGUUCCAGGCUGUAGCAGCACUUCCUCAGCCAAAUAAAGACACACUGGCUUUUCUUAUACUGCAUCUACAGAGGGUCAUGCAGAGUCCACUGUGUCAGAUGGAUCAGAACAAUCUAGCCAGAGUAUUUGGCCCCACCAUCAUUGGACAUGCUAUUCAAGAGCCCUCACCACUGACCAUCAUGAGAGACACAAACACACAGCCAAAAGUAAUGGCUCGAUUGUUGUCCCUUCCUGUGGACUACUGGAAAGGCCUCCUCACUCUUCAUCCAGAUCAGAUCAUUGCUUCUGUUGUGGAUGCAAACAUUAACAGGAUGGACCAAAACACAGACAGAGAUCAGAUGUUCAAACCUUUGACUUCUCCUGAACUGAGUAAAUAUUCCAAAGUUCCUAACACAGGGUCCCUGAAAGGGAGGAUCAAGACAUUGGGGAAUGCCUUCAAUAAUGCAAGCAAGCCAAAGACAGAGCCAGGAAAGAAAAAGUUCUUUACAUCUCCAAAGUGA